UGGAUAAUAAUAACACAGAGCCAGAGAGCUUCGUGGCGGCUAAAGCUGACAUUUUUAUUGCAAAAUUCAACUUUUUAAUGAAUUGGAUUACAGAAACAUUGCUUUGUUGAUUAAACCCAUCAAUGGCGAUGAAACCAAGUCUCCAUUUUUGUCCAACUACAGUCACGAAGAAGUUUGUCUACUCGUUUCAAAGCUCCUUAGGCUUCCGUUUUUUAAGGUACAGUUCAUCAAUUUCACUUGGGUCUUGUAAAGGUGUUGCCUUUAUUUCAAGAAAUGAUCAAACUCCAUCGAGGAGAUUUAGCUUAAGUAGGGGUGGUGGUAAUGGUGUGUGGUUGGAGAAUUGGAAUAGGGUUCAGAAACGUCAUCAACCUAAACCUCCUAAAGUAGUUGUUAAUUAUCGUAAAGAAGGGAGCUUUUCUGGGUCAGGUGAUAAUAGUAGUAGAGAUGGUGAUGGUAGUACAAUGGAGAAGAUUGUGGAGAAAUUGAAAAAGUAUGGUUAUAUGGAAAAUGAUAAGGAGGGGCAGAAUCAGGAGAUUGAGCAAGAGAGAAGGAUUGAGAAAGGAUCGGUGGAGGAUAUAUUCUUUGUGGAAGAAGGAAAGUUACCGAAUGUUAGAGGUGGAUUCACUGAGGAAUCGUUACUUAGUAGAGAUAGUGGAGAAGUUGGGUUUCCUUGGGAGAAGAUAAGUGCAAAGGAGAAGAAGGAGUUGGAAGCAGAGUGGACUGCGAAGAAGGAGAAUAGAUACUCUUUGGCGGAAAUGACACUUCCGGAAUCAGAGUUAAGGAGGUUGAGGAAUUUGACGUUUCGAACAGCGAGCAAGAUGAGGAUUCGUGGUGCAGGUGCGACUCAGGUGGCAGUGGAUGCAAUUAAGGAGAAGUGGAAAAGCGUAGAGAUUGUGAGAUUAAAGAUUGAAGGAGCAAGUGCGCUUAACAUGAGAAAGAUGCAUGAGAUGUUAGAGAAAAAAACUGGGGGUUUAGUGAUUUGGAGGUCAGGGACUUCCAUCUCUUUGUACAGAGGUGUCAGUUAUGAGCUGCCAUCAGGAAAAUGGAACAAGCAAAGAAGAGACGAGACGCAACCUUCUUCCUUACCUGAAACUACAACUAUGGUGGAUAAUAGUGAUGAAAGUAGAAGUACGCAACUCCAAGGCUUGGCGACAGCAAUGGUCAGGUUAUGGGAAAAGAGUAUGCUAGCAAAGAUUGCUAUUAAACGUGGUGUGCAAUCGACUACCAGUGAGAGAAUGGCUGAAGAUCUCAAGAAAUUGACAGGAGGUAUAAUGCUAUCUAGGAACAAAGACUUCUUGGUUUUCUACAGAGGAAAGAACUUUUUGUCACGAGAAGUAGCUGACGCACUGGUGGAGCAGGAGAGAUUUGCAAGGACUUUGCAAGACGAAGAAGAACAGGCACGUUUAAGAGGUUCAUCGGCUCUGAUUGUCCCAAGUAAUGAACCUGCUAAUAAACUUUUUUCUGCUGGUACUCUUGGUGAAACUCUUGAUGCGACUGGUAAGUGGGGGAAGAAUCUAGAUGAUGACGAUCAUUCAGACGAAGUGAAACAAGAGGUUGAGAUAUUGAGGCAUGAAAAUCUUGUCAGGAAGCUUGAGAGGAAACUUGAUUUUGCUGAGAGAAAGCUGUUGAAAGCUGAACGUGGUUUAGCUAAGGUGGAAGCGUGUCUUAAGCCUGCAGAGCAAAGAGAAGACCCAGAAAGCAUAACUGAUGAAGAGAGAUUUAUGUUCCGCAAGCUUGGUUUAAAAAUGAAAGCUUUCUUACUUCUAGGUAGGCGAGGUGUGUUUGAUGGUACGGUGGAGAACAUGCACUUGCACUGGAAAUACAGAGAGCUGGUCAAAAUUAUUGUGAAGGCUAAAACUUUUGACGGUGUAAAGAAAGUGGCAUUAGCCCUUGAAGCCGAGAGUGGUGGUAUCCUUGUUUCUAUUGACAAGGUCACCAAAGGAUAUGCCAUUGUCGUGUACAGAGGGAAAGACUAUAAGCGUCCUACCAUGUUGAGGCCGAAAAAUCUUUUGACAAAGAGGAAGGCUUUAGCGCGUUCCAUUGAGAUCCAAAGACGCGAGGGUCUUCUAAAGCACAUUUCUACGAUGCAGGCGAAAGCAGAACAGCUGAGAGCUGAAAUUGAACAAAUGGAGAAGGUAACAGACAAGGGUGAUGCAGAGUUAUACAACAAGCUUGAUAUGGCUUAUGCUUCUAGCGACGAGGAGACAGACGAAGAAGAAAAUGAUGAUGUCGAUGCAUUUUCAGAGACUUAUGCAGAAGGAGAAGAUGGUGAGAAUGUAGCAGAAGGAGAACUUGAUGAUGAAGAUUGGGAUUCAAAUGAAUCAGAAACCGGAUUUGGUGAUGAUUCUGCUGUACUUGAAGCAGAGGAUCUUCAUACUAAAUCAAAAGAUCUGCCGAGCAACAAAGUUCGUUUGCAGCAUCAGAGCUAACUGAAGAUAAGCGUAAGAACAAUGGAAUGAGCGUUGUAACUUUAACAUUAAGCUUUUAGGAGCUGUGGCAUUAUGAUUAGUAAAAUUGUAAAAUGGAUCUUAAAUAUUUCAACAGAGGUACACACCUCCAUGGAAAUAAAAUUGAAAGCAAGAUUUUGUCUUU